CGCUUGGCAGACCCCAUCCCAGCUCGCCAGUCCCAGCGCAGGUCGUAGGCAUGCUGGAGGCAGUGAGCUCCCUGGCGGUCGUCCUCUGGGGCGCGAUCCACCUUCGCACCCUUCUCUUGGGCGCUUUCAUCUUCCUGUUGCUUGCCGACUUCCUCAAAAGGAGGCGCCCAAAGAACUUCCCUCCCGGGCCCUGGCGCCUUCCUUUCGUGGGAAACUUCUACCACACCGACUUUGACAAGUCGAAUCUGGUCAUUCAGCAGUAUGUGAAGAAAUAUGGUAACCUUGUUAGUAUGGACUUGGCUGACCUGCCUAUGGUGCUUGUAACUGGAUUGCCCUUAAUAAGAGAAGUCCUUACCCACCCGGGCCAGGACUUUCUGAACCGCCCACUGAGCCCUAUUCGAGAACGUGUAUUUGGUAAAAACGGACUGUUCAUGUCCAGUGGCCAAGUAUGGAAGGAACAACGAAGGUUCGCUCUAAGCACACUAAGGAACUUUGGCUUAGGAAAGAAGAGCUUAGAGGAGCGCAUCCAGGAGGAAGCCCAACAUCUUGUUGAGAUCAUGGCAGAGGAGAACGGACAGCCUUUCAACCCUCACUUCAAGAUCAACAAUGCGCUCUACACUGCCUUUCCACGGAUAAUGAAAUACCUUCCUGGACCUCAUCGCACUCUGUUCAGAGACUGGGACAAACUAAAAUUGUUUGUUGCUCAAGUGAUUGAAAACCACAAGAAAGACUGGAAUCCUGAUGAGAUGAGAGACUUUAUUGAUGCUUACCUCAAGGAAAUGCACACAAACAAGACUGCUUCAAGUUUUGAUGAAAAAAACCUCAUCUACAGCACCUUGGACCUCUUUGUUGCUGGGACUGAAACAACAUCCACAACACUGCGCUGGGGUCUGCUAUACAUGGCCCUCUACCCGGAAGUCCAAGAAAAAGUACAUGCUGAGAUUGACAGAGUUGUUGGCCAGAAACAGCAGCCAAGCUUGGCUAAUCGAGAGUCCAUGCCCUAUACCAAUGCUGUCAUCCAUGAGGUACAGAGAAUGGGCAACAUCAUUCCCCUGAAUGCUCCCAGGGAAGUGGCUGUUGAUACCACUUUGGGUGGAUACCACCUGCCAAAGGGGACUGCGAUUCUGACCAACUUGACAGCACUGCACAGGGACCCCACAGAGUGGGCCACUCCAGAAACAUUCAACCCAGAGCAUUUUCUGGAGAAUGGACAGUUUAAGAAAAGAGAAUCAUUUCUACCUUUCUCACUUGGAAAACGUGUAUGCCCUGGAGAACAAUUGGCUAGAUCUGAGCUUUUCAUUUUCUUCACUUUCCUUCUGCAAAAGUUCACCUUCAAGGCCCCAGCCAACCAGAAGCUGAGCCUGAAGAUCAGGAUGGGCAUUACACUUUCCCCAGAGAGCUACUGCAUCUGUGCCAUCCCCAGAGCAUGAUGGUGGAGAAGGAGAGAAAGAGGAAUUUCAUGUCUCUAAAACAUGCCUAUGCAGAUGUGAGAGGACAGAAUGAAAGUGGGAAAGGAAAAAUGAGCAGAAUUAGACUAAGCAAAUUUGAUAACAGUCCUAGCCCUGCUAUUUCCCUCAGAAUUAGUCUGGAGCAAAUAAUUCACGUGCUCAAUAAUUUACAUGUUCAUCGUGGAGACAAAAUGAGAAUGGGGAUUCCUUCUCAGAAUACCCCUCUUUGUAACAAUUAAAAGAAAUAAUGGACUUUAAAUGAUUUGUAAACAAUAAAGCACAUGAUAAAAUUAUACAUA